AUGGAUAUUCAUGUUCUUCAAAGCCAGCCCGCCCAGACGGUCGCGUUUAAAGACUCUUCCACGGUUCGUGUGGGUAAUAAACUUGUUCGCAAUAAGCCACCCACCCAGCCCUCUGCUAUGCGACCCAAGCAUUUGGAGCGCGGCGGGUUCCAGCCGCGCCUUCCGACUUCGCUGCUGCCCCCAGGGCAGCAGCAGCAGCCGUCGCCGCUACCACGCCGACAGCCCGUCCCGUUGAUGCCUCCCGCGCAGCUUCAUCCGGGAGCGCCCCAGGUGGUCGCUCCGGCGCCUGCGGUCCCUCUUCAGUCGCCACCGCCUUCGGAGCUGAUGGACGUCGACCCCUCAGCCGGGCCGCCUUCCCAAGCGGUGGCUGUGCAGCCUGUCCUGCAGCCGCUUUCCUUGGGCACCCCCAAGGAGUCUGACACCGCAGCGCCUUGUCCGGCGCCCACUCAGCAGCCGUCGACGUAG